UUUCCUCAGAAUAGUCACAAGUUAUCCAUGUCUCAUGAUAUAUAAAUACCCCAAAGCCCUAAUCUCAUAAAGUUUUGGCUGUCUUUUUAUUUUCCUUCCAUGCAAAUAUAGAGGUACCUUGAUUUGGAGUUAACUAAAGAACGUAUAAAUUAAUGGAACAAGGAGAUCAUCAGCAGCAGAAGAAAGAAGAAGAGGCUUUGCCUCCAGGUUUCAGGUUUCAUCCAACGGAUGAGGAGCUAAUCUCGUAUUACUUGGUUAAUAAGAUCGCUGAUCAAAACUUCACGGGAAAAGCAAUCGCCGAUGUUGAUCUCAACAAGUCCGAGCCUUGGGAGCUUCCUGAGAAGGCGAAAAUGGGAGGAAAAGAAUGGUACUUUUUUAGCCUACGCGACCGAAAGUACCCGACAGGUGUGAGAACAAACCGGGCGACCAAUACAGGAUAUUGGAAAACCACAGGAAAAGACAAAGAGAUACUCAAUAGCACAACCUCAGAGUUGGUCGGAAUGAAGAAAACUUUGGUCUUCUACAGAGGAAGAGCUCCUCGUGGGGAGAAGACUAGUUGGGUCAUGCAUGAAUACCGACUUCACUCCAAGUCCUCCUAUAGAACCUCAAAGCAAGACGAGUGGGUAGUGUGUAGGGUGUUAAAGAAAGCAGAAGCAACCAAGAAAUACAUAAGCAACAGUAGCAGCAGCGGAAGUCAUCAUCUCCAAAGCCACGCAAGAGCCUCAAUACUAUCAACCAACAACAAUAAUCCUAAUUACUCAUCGGACCUCCUUCAACUUCCAGCACAUCUACAACCUCACACAAGCCUUAAUAUCAACCAAACCCUUAUGGCUAACGCGGUUCACCUAGCCGAGCUCUCUAGAGUCUUUCGUGCCUCCACAAGCAGUACCAUGGAUGCUCAUCAGCAGCUAAUGAGCUACAACCACAUGCCUGUCUCGGGGCUCAAUCUCAACCUUGGUGGUGGAUUGGCACAGCCGGCUCCUCCCGCUGUGUCGCUUGAGGAUGUUGUCGCUGUUACCGCUUCAUUCAAUGGCCAACAUGGGUUUGGAAAUGUGGAGAUGAGCCAGUGCAUGGACUUGGAUGGAUACUGGCCAUCUUAAUAAUUAGGAGCUAUCACUUUAAAUUAUGGGCUUUUCUUUUGUUGGUCUGAAUAAGAAAGCCGUAUACUGGCUUGUUAUACCUUUUGUUUUUGUUUAUAUUGCAUUUUUUGGCUGUUCAAAGGAAAAAAAUUAAGAACCAAAGACUAAUCAAACCAAUGACGGUCUGGCUUUGACAACAAAUUCUUUUCUUACACAUAAAAGAG